AUCUUACCAUAAUUACAUGAUCUAAUUUCAAGUCUCUAACCCCUCUUGUAUGUUCGAUGUUGACACAGAUUCUCCACUUGUUGGUUCACAUAACGCGACCAAAACAUUUUUCCUCUAUGCACCUUUGUGAUUUGCCAAGUCACACUCCCACUCUUCCUGUUCUUUCCUCUAUCUCUCUCUAUAUAAACUCAAAACCACUCUUCUCUCCUUAUGUAUCUCUAGCCACAUUCUGAAUUCUGCAAUUCUUUUCCCUUUCUUGGCCUUCACUUUUUCAUCAUCACAUCUAUUUGGAGAGAAACAUGCUUAGUCCUGAAGGAGAAAUUAAAAUAAGUUUUGGCUAUAAAUGCAAUAGUGAUAGAGGUAUUCCUAAUGAGAUCACAGACGGCUACAAAACCCUUCCUGAAGUUCGCCGAACAAGUAGUUUCUCUUGUUUGUCAGGUGCGGCCUUAAGUGCAAAUGCUACACUAGCCAACACAAACAUUUGCAAUGGUAAGUUAGGAGGAGAAAUUCUUCCAAGUUGGGACUCUCCUAAUUCGUUUCGUAGAAUACCUUCUUCGCCAAGUCUUCCGCGGUUUGAUAGACUAUCAUCUUCUCUCCCAAGUAGUCUCUCAUACCUAAGUUGCAGCCCUUCCACUCCAAGUGAUAUUCUUGAGUACGACUCAUUGAAAUCCGCAAGUGACCGAUCCAGUAGUGACGGUUUUCUUAUUGCCAAGGAAGUCCAAGUAGCAGGAGGAGCUGCUGGUGAAGAUAGAGUUCAAGCAGUUUGUUCUGAAGAAAAUGGUUGGCUCUUUUGUGCAAUUUAUGAUGGAUUUAAUGGGAGAGAUGCAGCUGACUUUCUGGCUGGUACACUUUAUGACACCAUCAUAUCUUACCUAGAUAGGUUAAUUUUGGAAUUAGAGCCUGUUUCUAUCACUGCUUCCGACCACGCUGAUUUGGGUGAAUUCCUUCGUUAUAAGCUGAGUGAUAGUCUUAAUUGUCAAGAGGAUCAUUCACUGUCAAGAACAUCACGCGGGUCUUUUUCGCGCAGAGUACUUGAUAGUCUAGAAAGUGCUCUCAGUCAGGCUGAGAAUGAUUUCUUGUACAUGGUUGAACAGGAAAUGGGGGAACGUUUGGAUUUAGUUUCGAUUGGAUCUUGUGUUUUAAUUUUGCUUCUUCACGGUAAUGAUUUGUAUACACUUAAUCUCGGUGACAGCAGAGCGGUAUUGGCGACGUGCAGUAACGGUGACAAUAUGAACCAGAGUGAGAAACUCAAUGCGAUACAGCUUACAGAUAGUCACACUGUUGAAAAUGAAGCUGAAAGAGCUAGACUCCUGGCUGAACAUCCUGAUGAUCAUAAGGUCAUCAUAGCAGGAAAAGUGAAAGGUAAGUUGAAGGUUACUCGUGCAUUCGGAGUUGGCUACUUGAAAAAGAAAAAUCUGAAUGAUGCUUUGAUGGGAAUCCUGAGAGUUCGCGAUCUUACGAGCCCACCAUAUAUUUCCACUCAACCAUCACUGAAUGUCCAUAAAAUCUCAAAUUCUGAUCAAUUUGUUAUAGUAGGGAGUGAUGGUUUAUUUGACUUCUUCAGCAAUGAAGAAGCGGUGAAGCUUGUAGAGUCUUAUAUUUUGAACAAUUCUUUUGGUGAUCCUGCAAGGUUUCUCAUAGAGCAGCUUGUAGCUAGAGCAGCCGACUCUGCAGGUUUCAGCAUGGAAGAAUUGAUGAAUGUUCCGGCUGGGAGGAGAAGAAAGUACCACGAUGAUGUUACUAUAAUAGUGAUCAUGCUUGGGAUGAAUCAGCGCACUUCAAAAGCUUCAACUUGCAUGUAAGACGGACCAGGACCUUCUGCAGUAAAAAAAGACGCAGUUACACGCAAUAUUCGAUCUCAGCCAUUAAUCUGAACCAAUAAUAUAAUCAGUUUAAAACAAUAUCGACCGUUAAUCUGAGAUUGAAAAUUGCGUGACACUGACACACACUUGCUGCACAAAAUCAAAUCCAUCUAAGACUGACCAAGGUAAUUUGUAUGUAAGUAACUUUUCAAUGGAUGCCCUUUGGAAAGUAUCAUUUGAUAGGAUAAAUUUGUAGUAUUGAAAGUGUAUAUAUACCAUUUUACAAGAAGCAUUGGGUUCUUUAUAUGUAAAAUAUAUAUUCAUA